AUGGCGAACAAUCUUUCACCGCCCGGGUCGAGUUCCUACUCGUCCAAUACCUUGACGGUAGGCGAUGGAACUUGGGACUUUGAGAAGAAUACCUUCCUGCUUCCCAAUCUCCAGGGGCUCAACUUUGAGACGAUGCGAUACAAUGGCAUGGGCAAUCGCUUCUCGACCUUGACCGAAUAUCACAGUCUCAUUAUCGGCCACGGAGUGAUUGCCGCCAUCACCUUCCUCUUCAUCAUCCCAAUCGCCGUCUUCAUUGCCCGUUUCUACUCGCGCCGACCUGGAUACGCCAUUCGAUAUCAUGCAUACCUGCAGAUCAUCACUGUCGGCUUCAGCACUGUCGUCUUCGUUCUCGGCUUCAUCGCUGUCGGUCCUCCCCGGAACCUCACAAACCCACACCAUGGCAUCGGCGUCGCCAUUUACGUCAUGAUCUUAGUGCAGGCUUUUGGUGGCAGCCUGAUUCGCAAAAUCACCGGCCAUUCAUUCCGCCUACAUCUUCAUCGUUGGAUGGGCCGCGCUAUUGCCAUCCUGGGUAUUGCCCAAGUGCCGCUUGGCCUGACGCUCUAUGGCUCGCCCAAGUACUGCUUUAUUCUUUAUGCCCUUUGGAUGGGUUUCCUUCUUGUCUUGUACUUCAUUCUUGAUUACAGAGACAAGGAGCGCCGCGAGUACUACGCAGGUGGCCCCCGCUCCGAAGUUACUGGAUACACGGAUGAAAAGUCGGAGAGCCAUCACCAUGGAAGGAAUUGGCUCGGUCUGGCAGCCGGUGCUGGCGCAUUGGCUAUGCUUCGUGGUCGCAAGCGCAACCGGGACGAGGAAAGGGCCCUGGACCGCAGUCCCAGUCCAUAUCGCUCCCAUGCUCCUCAUGACGGGGAAACUGAUAUCACCUCCUCACAUGUCAGGCACGACAGCUAUCACGACGACAAGUAUACCGACGUGUCCUCGCGACGCAACACGGGUGAAGGGAGCGGAUGGAUGGGUAAGCUGGUUGGGCUUGGUGCCGGUCUUUUGGCCGCCAAGUAUCUGAAGAAGAAUCAUGACCGUCGUGAUGACGAGUAUUCGGCUGUCUCAACAGAAACAGGACCUAGUCGUCUUCCUCCACGGAGAGGAGGUCCGGCACCAACCGAAAGCGACUAUACCGACUAUACCGACUUUACCCGAACCGACAAUCGACGAAAUUCCAAGCAAAAUCCGAUCCUUGCUUCCGAAGCGGAGAGCGCUGCAGAUGACCGACGCCCUUACCGACCUGGCACACCACCACGCUCGCAUGCUGGCCGUCGUAAUUCGCGAUUCGACAGCACGAUUGUCUCAGACUAUUCUUCCUACGUCAGCCCUUCUAGAAGAGAAGAGCCCGAAAAGAAGCGGAGCAGCGGGGCUGGGAAGGGUCUGCUCUCGGGACUUGGCCUUGGCUGGUUCGCCAAAAAGACAGUGGACCGGCGUGCAGGAAAGGAAGAGGAUCGCAUAAGGGAGGAAGAUGAGAGGCGACGUGAAGAGGAGGACAGGCGAUUUGAAGAGGAAGAACGCAGAGCUGGACGUCGGAACUCCAAGUUUACCGGUGAUGGCUACCCCAGUCCUUCCAGACGUGACUCCCAACGUCGCCCAGCGGCUAUGCGCCCAGCAGCACCAACAGACAUGACCAGCACGACCGGCACUUCGGUUCUCUCUGACGAGUUUACUACCAUGGAGCCGCGAGGACAUGCCCCUUACGACCCAGCGCCCAUGAGCGGCGGAGCUCGACCACCACCUGCACCCAUCCCAGUUGCCGGAGGUGCUGGUGCGCCGCCUACGAUUGUUCCCAUUACUCCUGGACCCUCCGGUUAUCCAGCUCCUGGAAAUGGCCCGGUUGCUAUGCCCGCGAUGCCUCCCGACCCGCGCGGCGUGUUCUACCCACUGAGACCCCCGACCGAUACAAGCAGCAGCGACCUGACAGAUGUCAAUGCUGACAGGCGACGACGAGAGGCUGAGGCGGCGGCCGCAGCAGCAGCAGCAUCCGCCAGUCUCCUAGCCGCACAACAACAAGAAGACGACCGGCGUCGCAGAGGCGGCCCUUCUGACCAGCCCGCUCCUGGCGUCAAGGUCAAGGUGCAGAGUGACAGAGAUAGGAACAUCACUCUGCGUAGGAUGACGGACGAGGACGCCAGGAAGGGCAGCAGCAACAACCGGCGCCGCCGAGGCGACUCGGUCAGCAGCAGCCAUUCGGAAUCGGAGCCGAGCAGCGGUAGGCGGUAUCGCAGGUCGGAUCGCCGCGAGAGCAGGAGUUCGAGCCAGCGCGGCCGAGCCGAACGGGCGGCCGAGGCAAGGGUAGACCCUUCGGUCAACCCAUUAUAUCCGGCCCCUCUUAACACGGGUGGUAGCGGUACACCGAAGCAGCAGGCAUCCUACGGUGGAAGUAGCGGGGUGCCGCCGUAUGCUGGACCUUCCGGGGGCCAGAUGCCCAAUGUCGCAGGGACGAUUUCUAGUCUGGAUAGUCCCGGGCAGUGGAGCGCGCUGAGCCCGAGCGGGGCGAGCCAGAAUCCGGGUGGUGGUGGUGGCGUUAAGAGAGAGGUGUCGAGUGCGGCAGAGAGGAGACAGAGAAGGAGGUUUGAGAGGAGAGAGGGAAGUAGGCAGCGGGCUGCUACGGAGUCGUCACUCGGAGGCCGCAGAUCGGUAUCAGUGAUGCCAAGCGAUUUUGGUGAUUUUUGCUUGACUUAUCAAACACAACAACAACCAGAAGCCAUGCCGUCGUCGUCAUCAGCACAAAGGCAAGGAUCGCAACAACCGCAAUCGCAAUCGCAAUCACAGCCACAAGAAACGAACGGUCACAACCAACAAACAUCAUCUUCAGGUCUAUUAUCCCAGUCACGAAACCAACAACAACAACAACAACCACCACCACCACCACCACCAGCAAACCAAACCCAAACUCAAACUCAAAAUAGUCAACAACAACCAGCCGAACCCUCCUCUUCCUUCGAACCCUCCCAACAACAAACUCAACCCGCCGAAGAACAACAACAAGAAGAAGAAAUAACCCCAGGCCCCCGCGCCACCCGCCUUCAACAGCUCUUCAGUACCACCCUUCGACACACCCUCGACAAGAUCUCGCGCGACAACUUUGCGGCGUGUUACCCGACCAUUGCGGCGCGGGCGCCGGGGACGUUGGAGUUUGUGCAACGGCAGAUGGUGGAGAGGUUGGGGGUUCAGUGUGAUAAAGAAUUCAACUCCAUCUUGCAAACAAGACAGGUGGUAGCCAAACUCAACGAGCUCGAGACGCUGGUCGGCGAAGCGAAUAAGCGGAAACGAGAAGCUGGCGGUGAUGAUGCCACUCCGCCCGUACCACCACACACCCUCCCACCAUCCAUCAUCCUCUCCGCCCAUUUAGCUCCCCACCUAACAACCACCCACUCCUCUUUAACCACCACCUUACAACAAACCCAAGCCGAAAACCAUCAGCUAUUCCAGGAAAUCCAAGCGCAACGCGCAGAAAUCGAAGAGUUGUUGGCCGUGGUAGAAAAGGCGCUGAAGGAUAUCGAGGGGGCGAACGAGUUAUUGGAGGGUGUCGUGGAAAAGGGGUUGGUGGAGGAGACGAGGGGGGUUGAUGGAGAGAUUAGUUCUAUUGGUGUUGAUGGUAGGUAA